UAAGUGAGUUUAAUCCCAUUAUACCAUAUGUAGUGUGAUAUUAAGCUUAAAGAGUUAUGUAUCAAGUUUGCAUUUGAUUACUCUGCUUGAUUGGUUGCAUUAAGAGCAGAGAGCUAUAAUGUGUACUUCUGAUGUUAAGCUUCCUGAAGAUGGAAUUGGGAGUCUUGUUUGUCUUAAGUUUUGAGAAUCUGAUACAUUGAAUAAAAAUUUUAGCUUGUCUACAAUCAUUUAUGAACCUCACACGUUCGUACCUGGCUCAAUUUUAUUUGAUCAUUUGCAGAAAGAAGGCAAUGACAGCUGCUGCAUUUUCUGCUGAUGGCUCUAUUUUGGCAGUUGCAGCAGAAACUGUGAUCACAUUAUGGGACCCUGAACACAACGUCCUUGUUGCUGUACUCGGAGAAAUUCAAAAGCCAAUUAGGUCUCUAUCGUUUGCUGGAAAAUCAGACUAUCUUGUGAGUGUGUCCGAAGGUUCACAACCACAGCUGUCAAUGUAGCUUGUGGUGUUGAUGCAUCAAUGUUUGCAGUUCUUGUUGUUGGGAAAUCAUGUAAUAAUGAGACAACAGUGCUUAAAGGAAGAGAUGGGGUAAUCUUAUUAUUCAAUGUCACAGAUCCACUUCCUGUGGCUACUUGGUCUGUAAGGAAGGCCAAGGGGGGAGGACUUGGUUUUAUUCAAAGCAGGCCAAGAGUUGGUUGCUACCAUUGAGGAAACAGGUGGACAUUAAUUCCUUGCUUCUUUUACUCUGUUUAUAAAGCAUGUUUUUACUAUAACUAAUUUAAUGAUUUUUGGUAUAAAGUAGGAAAACUUGGAUAUGCAUCUGUGUAUGGUGAGCUACCUGAGUUUGAGUUGAAGAGCAAGGAUGAUGAGUUGUGGGAAGCAACGGCUCCCUCGAGACCCUCGGAGAGACCGUGGGAGAGUAUAUUCAGUGGAUCAAGUCAUGAUCUUCCACCCCUCACUAAAUUAUGUUCACCUUUUUUGGAGUCCUUGCUGGAAAGGAGGACUACUACUUCUACUACUGCCAUUGUUGAAUGAUCAUUUCCAAUUAAGAAGCAACCAAUGAAUGUUGUUGCUUUGCUGAUAGUUUUGGUCAAAUUAAUUAUGAUUAGCUCAAAAUUAAGGCAAAUCCAUUUUGUUAUUGGAUUUUACAUGAUGAUGUUUUUGUACCAAUGUUUGUGAGUCACAAAAGUAAUAUAAUCUUAUGUUUCAAUUUC